ACAUUGUCACGGUCAUGUAAGAAAUAGUUUCAUUACAAUUGUUUUGGGUUUGUUUUGUUUUCUUGUUAUAGAAUUUCAGCUCUUCUUCAAACGUCCACCGGAAAAAUACGUACGUUACGUCAAACUGUUUUUUGACGGCGGCAAACACGUUUUACUGGGUGUGUUAUACAGAGAAAUGAAUAAAGAUAAUGCUACCUUUGAUAGACUGAUACGGACAAAUCUAGACAAAUUGCCUGGAAUUAUCAAAGAAAUUUUACUCCCGUCAACAAGUUUAGAACCUUCCUCGUUAGAUAUUUCAGAAUUGGCAGAAGUAAUUUUGAAUUUAUUUGGGGACAGAAUAAGCCAAAAAGAUAACAAACAUAUACAGACUAUUAAGGAUGCAAAAAUUAACUACGCAGAUUUCGCAAGGCUUUCGCUAGAUGAAAGCAAGUUUCUUUCCGUGUGGACAAGACUCGUAUCUAGUAUUAGUAUUCUGACAACGGAUAUAGACAAAAGCUUAAACGACAAAUGUAUGGAAAUGAUAGAAAAGUGUACUGAUGAAACACUUGAUGUCACUUCUGUGGACGAAUAUCUCGAUCAGCUUCAGCUGGAGACCGGAUGUGUGAAGAUAAAGAAGCUAAAAGAAGUAUAUGAAGAACUAGAGCUACUUGUUAAUAUUGACUGCAAUAACCUUGAAAUCAAAAGGAAGGUUGAGGAAAAUUUGCAAGCUGAUAUUCAGACAGCUGUGCAAACAAUUAGCAUCGGCGGUGUUAAUGAACAACCGAGCGAAAUAGAGUCGCUGAUACAAAACUUUACUGCAAAUGAGGAUGUCACAAUAACAACAGUUAGCAGAAAAUGUAUUCUCAUUGUAUUACAAUUUUCAACAUGCGGAGCAAUGAAAAAUGUUAUACAGUUUGUGAAAAGUGCAGCUUUCCAGUUUCAUACAGAACACGUUUCAAGAAUGCUAUGUCUGGAAUACGGAGAGCCGAUUUCGAUACAAGCGAAUCUCACACUGGAAAGCAUUAACAACUUGAAUAAUCAAAUAACACAACCAGGAGAUGAUGGAUAUGCAGAGACACACGGAGUGAAGAUUUCGAUUGGAUGUUCUUCUGUUACAGGAGUGAGACAUGUUUCAGAAAAUUUGAAACAGGAAAAAGUUACAAACACUUUAAACGAAUUAGCUGGUACUCUUUCUGACCGCUUUGGCGAAACGAUUGCUUUACGUUCUGUUCCAGACUUUAAGGAAUGGAACGACAUAUUUAACGACAAAGAUUUAGUAACAAGUGACAGCUCUACAAGCAACGAAGACGAUUCUAGUGAGGAUAGAUUUGAUAAAAAACCAAAAGAAAGAACAAGGUUCCUUUUCAAUAUCGGGAUGGCACAUGAACUUCAUUUAGAGAAGGGAAAGUACAGACAAUGGGUGAAGGCCGGACUUGGACUGGGAUACUUAAAAGAAGGACUUGCGCCAUUUUGUAACGACAUCGUCAAACAACAGCAUAAAGACAUCUUAGAUAACAUUAAACAUACAAAGAAGCUAUCGACUGUGACAUGUGGUCUGUGUGCUCUGAGAACUCUCAAACCUGACCAUUUGAAAAUAGGAAAGAAUCAAUGUCCUUUUGGUCAAGUUAACUGUAACUGCUGCUAUACGAAUGGUAAAAUUCCUUGUCCAAACAACGUAUGUGGCGCCAUCUAUGACAACGUUAUAACUAACCAUGCGUCCUCACCACCAGUUCCUUAUUGGAAAAACACCCAAACUCAGCAGUGGACUGGAGAUCCUUGGAGUAUAGCUAAAUGUUUCAUCAACGCCCCGGGAUAUGAUCAGAAGACAUCAUCAGCCGACAUUGACUGUACAGGACUACUGCAUGUGAUUAUAAAUAACAAAUAUUUUCAUAAUCACAUUCAGUGUAAUUUAGCUGGAGCUAAUGUAUUUUCAAAGGUGAGACAGUACAGAAGCGAGAUAUUCCACUCAAGCACCAUGGAAUUAGAAGUGGCGGAUGCAAAUACUUACAUUGAUGAUAUGAUUGCUGUGCUGAAAGAUGGUAAGGAACUGAUUAACAGAAAAGAUGCUCAGGACGCCGUAACAAAACUUGAAGAGCUAAAGAAUAAAGAUUUUGUCAUAACCACUGAAAAUACGGAGAAAGUUCUUGGAGAGAACAGAGAAGAAAUGGGCAUUUUAAGAAAAUUAAAAGAAGGUCUAGCAACUAAGGAUGACUGUGUGGGUCUCAAAAGGAAAUUGUCUGCGGUUGAAUCUCACGUGUCUGAACUAGAGAAGGAGGUGAAAAGACUCAAGACAUACGAUACUGCCCUUGAGGAAAAGUUAGACUACGAAAAGUCCAAAUUAGAUUUACAGACGAAGUUGAUAAAGCAUUACAGAGAAGAUAUACUACGCAUGUCUGCACUUCCACUUCAACAAGAGGGUAAUCUAUGUGACUUUAAAGAUGUGUAUAUCAGACCGCGAAUGACGGUUCAAUCAAAAGGUAACAAAAAAACGGAGGAGGCUGAUGUUCUAUCAAUGUCUAAUAUUUUUACAAAAGACGACAAAACAAUCAAAUCCAUCUACGUCCUCGGAGAAGCAGGAUCCGGUAAAAGUAGUUUCUGUAAAAGUUUGAUAAACUACUGGUGUUCGGCACAUUCUGAUAAAGGAAAAGAUAUUGAUGAUGAGUUCAAUGGUGUCAAGGAAAUGAAGAAAUUUAAUUUUCUAUUCUACCUUCCUCUCCGUCAUUAUACAGAUAAGAGUAAAAUCAAAGAAAUGUUGGAGGGUAAGUACGAGCACUCUGCUCUUAAGAAGCUUCUUGAAUGCGAGUCUCAAAACUGUCUCAUUGUCCUUGAUGGUCUUGAUGAAUGGACUUCUCCGGCGUCAACGUGUCCUCCUGAACGCGGCGCAGUCAAGGAAUAUACCGUCCUAACUACAUCCCGACCCUGGAAAAUUUCAACGUUAGAAAUAACCGAUAAUGAGAUACGACAAAAGAUUAUCCUUAAAGGGUUUGAUGAUAAAACAUCUAUAAAUAGUAUGAUUGAAAAGACGGUUCCAAUAUUAAACAAAAUGUUUGAGAGAGACAGAGUUUUAAGUGAUUGUCAAAUGGCUCUUGAAAACGAAUCAAUGAAAAGUCUAAAACAUACAGCUAUUAUGCUGCAGCAGUUGAUUUGCCUGUGGUUUGACGACAAACUUCAUGGUGGAACCUCAAGAUGUGCGAUGUACACUGAAAUGUUGGACCUGUUCUUUCAUUGGCACAUGAAAAAACACCCCGACGAUCCUGAUUUCACAAAAAUGUUGAAGAAAUCAGAAGACCUGAAAAAUGUAGAACUUCCUGACUACUUGAUAGGUACUGAAGUCUGUAAUUCAUACAGUUACAUCAUUCAUGACGUAUCACGGCUUGCUUAUGAAACAUUGUUCAAUAACACGAAAGAUACGUCUUUGUCAUUUGACAGUUCUACCUUUAAACGACUGAAAAUAUCAAAAGAAGUAAAAUCAUGUUGUUUGAAACUGGGAAUCUUGUCUGAAGAUAAAUGUAUGAGUUUUUCUGCAAGUAAAAGUAGAAGAUCGGCUAUUGCAUUUGUUCACAAGUCAUUUCAAGAAUAUUUGGCUGCUGUAUAUAUUGCUAUCCGUUAUAAAGAACAUAUUGCGCCGUCGGCAGAUUCAGGAAACCCAGAUUUGUCUGAUCAUUUUGCACUUCUUAUCACAGAUUUAUUCAGUAAAUGCACUAAUUUAGAUGAAAUAUUAGAACAAGCAAACGUAUUUAUUAUGCUAUGCAGUCUAGAGCCUAGAAUAGCUGUAUCAGUUUCAAAGUAUAUAUACGAUAUUGUCACAAGGGACAAACGAGUCAUAAAGUACAGACGAACAAUAGGUAGUGAACAUGGAACACUUAUAUCAAAUAUCCAGGGAUGUCUUAUAGACUGUAUAGAAGAAGUGCAAGCAUGUGGAACUCGUAUACAGUCUAACAUUUAUCUAGGUGACAUGGUCUUUUAUCAUCUCAACUCGGAUAACGAGCAUUUAUGUCAAAGUUUUGAAAGGCAAUCUAUUUCUCCGGACAGUGUCAUUUCGUUUAGUAUUUCACCAAAUGAAGAGGACAAAUAUCUAAAGAGAAUAUUGAAAUAUUUGCCGAAAUGCCAGCGACUUGAAGCAAUUGACAUUGAUGAUAUAUAUAAAAUUGAUGAUGAAGAUAUCGGGUAUGUCUGUGAUGUAAUUGAAGAUAAUAGUUUAACAAUGAAAGCACUGUCUGUAGUUGGUUCGGAACAAAUAUGUAGGACUAAUAAACAAAUAUGUAGAACAAUAGUCAGUCGUCUGCCUGAUAUGAGUCAUCUUGUCGCUUUAAAGAUAUAUUGUGUCACUAUGCCACAUGAUGACGUUAUCUCACUGUGUACUUUUCUGUCAGGUAGCAGUCAUCUUGAGCAGAUAUCAAUUCUCGAUACAGAAUGUGAGCGCUGUACAGACAGUGAGUGCAGUACAGACAGUGAGUGCAAUACAGACAGUGAGUGCAAUACAGACAGUGAGUGCAGUACAGACAGUGAGUGCAGUAAAGUGUUCCGCGAGUGCAUUAAUCAGCAUGAACUAGAUUUAUCCAAACAUCGACACUUACAGUACCUGGAGUACGGUGACACUUUCACUGUGACUCGCGUUAACACUUUAAACCUAGAAAUAGGCCUAUUUAAACAUUCAUCGAAGAACACAACUAUUAUGAAAGUAUUAGAUGAUCUUAGUAAAGCUUUCAAAUUAACAGAACUUUCUUUGGAGUACGAAAUUGAUGGUUCAAACAAAAAUCCUUCAUAUCAUACUUUGACCGACAAAUUGAUCACAUUGUUACCAUUGUUGUACCAGCUCUGUAGACUUACUUUAGGAGAUUUUACACUGACUGACAAUAUAAUGAAAUUUCCCUCUGAGAUGAAGAGUAUGAAGAGUAUUACUCUUACAUUAGUCAGAAUGAGCUUGACAACAUGGCGGCAGUUUGUUGAUAGUCUUCCUCUGAUACCGCUACCUGUGGAGGUGGAAGCAUCGGGCAUGUGUAUAACACGAGAUGGAGAGGAAUGCAACCCUAUUAUAGAAGUGGGAGGUGGAGGAGAAGAAGCAUCUGCACGGCAGUAUGUUAGAGACAAUGAGGCGUUGUUUAAUGUGACAUAUGAAAGUGAAAGCUUAUGUUUAUUUUGUUUUCAGCAAAGAAGUAAAUAUUCAUCAGUAUAAAAAGUAACUGUUAUUACAUUGCUGUCUUUCGUAUAAUGUACUGAUGACUGAAAUCAGCAAAGUGUAUCAAAGUUGUAGACAUACUAGUACAUGUAACCAGUUUCUAGUAAAAUAUUUGACUACGAGGUAGUGAAGAUUCAUUUUUAUGCUCCCCUUCGAAGAAGGAGGGGUAUAUUGUUUUGCAGAUGUCUGUCGAUCGGUCGGUCGGUCGGAAUGUAGACCAAUCCGUUUCCGGAUGAUAACUCAAGAACGCAUGGGCCUAGGAUCAUGAAAGUUGAAAGGGAGGUUGGUCAUCACCAGCAGAUGACUUCUAUUCAUUUUGAAGUCUGUAUGUCAAAGGUCAAGGUCACAGUGACCCUGAAUAGUAAUACGGUUUCCAGAUGAUAACUCAGUAACACUUAGGCUUAGGAUCAUGAAAGUUGAUAGGGAGGUUGGUCAUCACCAGCAGAUGACCCCUAUUGAUUUUGAGGUCAAUAUGUUAAAAGUUAAAGGUGAAGGUCACAGUGACCCUGAAAAGUUAAACGGUUUCCGGAUGAUAACUCAAGAAAGCUUAGGCCUAGGCUCAUGAAAGUUUAUAGGGAGGUUGGUCAUGACCAGCAGAUGACCCUAUUGAUUAUGAGGUCAGUAUGUCAAAGGUCUAGGACACAGUGACCAGGAACAGGAAAAUGGUUUCCCGGAAAUAACUCAAGAACGCUUGGCCUAGUGUCAGGAAAAUUGAUAAUGAGGUUGGACAUGACCAGCAGAUGACCCUUAUUGAUUUUGAGGUAAUAAGGUCAAAGGUCAAGGUCACAUUGGCCAGGAACAGUUAAACGGUUUCUGAUCUUUUUAUCCAAAACCACAGGUCCUAGGGCUUUGAUAUUUAGUAUGUAGCAAAAUCUAAUGAUCCUCUACCAAGAUUGUUCAGAUUAUUUCCCUGGGGUCAAAUAUGGCCCCAUCCCAGAGGUCACAUGGUUUAUAUUGAAUUAUAUAGGAAAAAACUUUGAAAAACCUCUUGUCCAAAACCACAGGGUCUAGGGCUUUGAUAUUUUGUAUAUGACAUCAUCUAGUGGUCCUCUACUAAGAUUGUUCAAAUUUUUCCUCUAGGGUCAAAUAUGGCCCAAUCCUGGGGGUCACAUGGUUUGUAUAGACUUAUAUAGGGAAAAACUUUGAAAAUCUUCUAGACCAAACCACAAAGACUAGGGCUUUGAUAUUUGUAAUGUAGCAUCAUCUAGUGGUUCUCUACCAAGUUUGUUCAAAUUAUCCCUCUAGCGUCAAAUAUGGCUCUGUCCCGGGGGUCACAUGUUUCAUAAAGACUUGUAUAGGCAAAAAACUUCAUAUUCUUCAUGUCCAUAACCUGCAUCAUUCAAAUUUGGACUGCAUGUGUAGUUUCGAGUGGCAAAAUGAAGCUUGACAUGAGUUGACCUUGAUCUUAACCUAGUGACCUACUUUCACAUUUCUCAAGCUACGGCCUAUAAAUUUGAACCCAUGCUUAGUUUUGUGUACCGAAAUGAACUUUGAUCUUGAGAUUGACCUAGUGACCUACUUUCACAUUUCUGAAGGUACAGGCAUCAAAUUUGGACCACGCGAACAGUUUUUAUGUUUCGAAAUAAAAUUUGACCUUGAUUUUGACCUGGUGACCUACUUUCACAUUUCUAAAGCUACAGCCUUCAAAUUGGAACCACAUGCAUAGUUUUGUGUACUGAAAUGAAAUUUGAUCUUGAGAUUGACCUAGUAACCUACUUUCACAUUUCUGAAGGUACAGGCUUCAAAUUUGGACCAUAUACAUAGUUUUGUGUACCGAAAUAAAAGUUGACCUUGAUUUUGACCUGGUGACCUACUUUCACAUUUCUCAAGCUACAGCCUCCAAAUUUGAACCCCAUGCAUAGUUUUGUGUACCAAAAUGAACUUUGAUCUUGAGAUUGACCUAGCGACCUACUUUCACAUUUCUCAAGCUACAACCUCCAAAUUUGAAGCACAUGCAUAGUUCUGUCUACCGGAAUGAACUUUGACCUUGGAAUUGAUCUAGUGGCCAACUUUCACAUUUCUCAAGCCACAGCUUUCAAAUUUGGACCACAUGCACAAUGUUUUGUACCAAAAUGAAAUUUGACCUUGAUUUUGACAUUGAGCUAGUCUUGAAAUUUGAAACAUUCAAAAAAAUGGCUCAGUAGUGGGCGCCAAGAUCACUCUGUGAUCUCUUGUUAGGUAAUAGGUUAAAGGUCAAGGUCAGAUUGAACCAGAACGGUUGAACUUUUGUUUACAGUGAGCAUAUAAGUUCUGUUCCUUGUGCAAUUACUGAAUGCAUCAAGGGGGGGGGGGGGGGGGGGGCAUUUCGUGUUCGACGAGCUCUUGUUGAUGUUAUGCUUUACUACUUAAUUUUUUGUUUUUCAUGCCGGAUUAUUGAAGUAUAAUAGUGAAAUAAAUCUUUCACAGUAAAAUUAUCAAAUCUAUUUAUACUUAUACUAAACAUGAUACGUUGUUUAAUGAAGCAUAUGAAUAUGAAGAAUAUUCAAUUGUUUUUUGUAGUUUUGUUUUUCAAUAAGAAAGUGAUAUAUAAAUUUAUGAGCCGAAAUAAGCUAUUAGUGUUGUUAAAAUGGUGACUUUCUUUCAUUGUACUUAUAGCUGGAAAAAGGUUAACGUCAAAAAUUGUAGAAUACAGGUAAAAUAAAACCUUUAUUCACA